AUGAAUCAAAUAAGAGAUGCUGUAUUAACAUUGAGUCUACUAGGUGAUGGGCAGGAACUAUCGACAUAUUUAACAAAUAUUUUACCAUGGAUUUUAAAAGAAGUUGCAAUAUCUGCCAAUUCAAAUACUGGGGGUGAAUACAUACGAUUAUUAAAUAUAGCAAUAAGUAGGCUGAGGCAGAAUACAAGUUGUAGGAUUGAUGCCAUACCAAUUUUGAAGUUAUGGAUAGAUCUUGAACUUGAUACUAUGGGAAAUAGGUUUGGAUUGACACUUUUAAAAAAUAUUAUUCCAAUAAUAUUGGAUAUUACUCUUAAUAGAGUAAUAGAUGAAGCACAGUGUAUUUUGCUUAUUCAUCAAUUAUUUAACACAUUAGUAAUAAAUGAUAGGGCUACAAGAGUUGCUAUUUCCAUUUAUAUUUUAACAUUGUUAAAGGUCCUAACAUAUGAAGAAGCAAACAAACUUAUAAGUGACUGUUUUAUAAAGAAUAGCUAUUUUUUAUUAGUGUUAAUAUUUCACUUUGGUGAGUUGGCACUUAUAUCACCUAAAGAAAAAGAUAGUGAUAUUGUUUGGGGAUUAUCUCCGAAAUCUUGGACUCCCUGGAAAAAGAAGUUAAUCAAAUAUAGUAUAACUGAAGUUUAUGAGUUAAAGUGCACAUUAUUUAAUAAAUUCUUGGUGUUAUUUCCAAGCAAGCUAUUUAUAUUAACAGCCCUUAUAUCAAUAUCAAUGGCUCAUGGUAGUAAAGAUGAACUUUCUAUAAAGGCGUUGGAGUACUAUAAAUCUCAAACUAAUAGGGUAUCUUGGCACACAGGAAAUUUUGAAAGUUGGGAAUUAGCUCCUUUAUUGCUAACUCUUUGCAACCGAAAAAAUAAUAUUCUUUUUACUAUUAUACAUAAGAUACUAAAAAUUGAGGGACUAUCCUUGUUGUAUAUAGAAAAUGACUUUAUUAUUGAGGAAAGGUGGAGUCUCCAAACUACUAUCUUUUCUCAUUUAAUUAAUUUAGCUACAGAAAUCUUGGCAUCUUCAGUGCAGGAUUUUACCUUUAUUUAUUUAUCAACAUAUUUUUCUACCAUUUGUGAGCAUAUCUUUAGAAUUACUGAAUAUAACGGCCACUGUGAAAUUUUUAUAAAUUCUUUAAAUCUUAUAGCUCUUCUAUCUAGUAAAACUCUGGGAAUUAUUGGAGAGAGAGUUGAAGAAGAAAUAGUGACAAGUGAUCAAACAAACAGAAAAUGUAGUCUUGAUUUUGAGAGUUUUAUAAUGUUAUGCUCAUCAAUAGACUCUCUCUCAAAUGUUUUAAUAAGAUGGGGAAAAAUAACGAAAAGUGACUUUAUUUUAAUUGGGAAUCUUUUGAGGACAAAUGAACAAUUUUGGUAUACAUUUAUUAAAGUUUUGCAGAAUUGUAUAACACUUCAAAUUACAAUAAAAACUAAAAUUUUAAAUAGAUUUGACGACGAAGAAUUGAAUAUACUUGAUAAAUAUUAUGAACUUUUAGUUAGAGUAUAUGAGAUAUCCAAGGAAUCAAACAGUUUAUUAGGGGCAAGCAAUAUUCUUAAUCAAAUAUCAUCAUUACUGUCUGGUUUUCGGAAGAGUGUAGAAUAUCAAAACUCAGUUUGUAAGCUAUUUGAUAGUAAGCUAUUAGCUUUAGUUAUUGCAAUAAUAAAUUACAUAUGGCAUAUCUCUACAAAUCAAAUGGCAAUGCCCUUUUUUCAUUUACUUCUCAGCUCAAUAUAUAAGGUAUUUCCUUCUUAUCAUAUUUAUAACUACUUUAUUGAGCUAUUUUUUAGAGUUACUAACUCUAAAUUAUUUCUUAAGACUAUAAACCUAAAGCCAAUAAUUAAAACCUUUUCAACUUCUCAUUCAUUACUUGGACAAGAUAAAGUAGAUUUACUUUGUAACUUGUCAGAUUUUGGCAUUGAAGAAACUAAUUUUGGAGAUGAUUUUAAUAUUUGGUUGAAGGAUUAUAUUGAAAAUAACUUGUUAAAUAAUAUAAUUUUAUCAGAUAUCAUAUUAAAUAAUGAAUUAUUAACUAUUUCUAUGUUUAUUCAAUUAAUUGGUGACUUAACUUUAGGGAUAUUUAGAAAGUAUAAAGAACUUGUAAGCACUUUAACGGAAUUUACUGAAUUUAUCGACACAAUUUUGGGAUUUUCUUCAAUUGAAUUACUAGUUGAACUUGAAGAAAGUACUAAAAAUUUGAUCAUUCUAUGGAUUAUAACUAUUUCUUUAAAGUUUAUAGUGGAAAGUGGUUAUUUUAAUAUUGAAAAUAUAACAGAAUGCAAUUUUCUUAAUAUAGUUCUAGGUAAGCUAAAUAAAUGGUUUAACAAAAAAUUUGCAAAGGUACUUAUCAAUAGUAUUAAUGAUUUCGAAAUAGCACUUUGUGUCGUUUUUUUACAUUUGCUUAUUUACUCCGAGAAGCAAUUUCUAAAGAAUAGUUCAAUACUCCAACAAAAUUUGUAUACAAUUGAUUUAUUAGAAAAGAAGUUCGAAAUGAAAAAUAUUUUAGGUCUCUCUGAGAAAUGUGCAGAUUUUUUUUACAAGCUUGACUGGCAAAAGGUUUGGAGAUACAGCUAUGUUAAUGUUCCAAUUUUCAUUUGCUCAGCUAUAACUGAUUUAGUUUUAUACAAAGCUACUAUUACUAAUAGCAUUAAACAAAAAGUAGGUAGAUACAAAAAAGAGAUAAUUUCAGAUAUGGAGAUAACUUUAUAUGAUAUGAUAUUUCUCAGAUCAUUAUUUAGACUUCCAGAGAUGAAUAAUUUAGUACAUUCGACAUUGCUUAAAAUUAAUAAAACAAAUUGUUCUAAUAAUAAAGAUCUUUAUUUCUCUAUUUUCAGUGAUAUUGAAGAUUUGGAGUCACUGAAUAACUCAACUAGUCAUCUUUUAAAUAUUGUUUCUGGGAUAUACCGAGAUUUAUUGGCUAGCCUUAUAUGUGAUAUUUACUGUAUUAAUAAUGCUCAAGAACAAUUGGAAAAAAUACUAAAAGUACUUAAUAAAAUACUGGGAGAAUGUAUGCUUUCUAACAAUUCAAAAAAAUUUUUAUAUUGUCACAUACUUAAAGAUUUAAUUAUUUUAAAAACGCAGACAAUUAUAAAUGCACAGAUGGUUAGCUCAUCUGAAUCCAAUACUGAUUACAAACUAGAUAUUGAUCCUUCUUGGUAUAUUUCAGCCCUAUCCAAAAAUAUAUCUUGUUUUUAUAUAAUCAACUCAAAAAUAGCUGUUAAAAGUUUAAUUUUUGAUAUUCUUGAUUCUAACAAUUCAAAUUUUAGAAUAAUCCUGUUUAACUGUUUAUUAACAGAUUCAGUCGCACUUUUGGAGAAUCCUGGAGAUAUUCAAAAUUAUUGUUCUUACUACCUUUUUGUCGUUGCUACUGAAUAUUUUGCUAAACAAAAUGGAGGUGUCCUAAAGAAUCAACAACUUGAGUUCCGACAGCAAAUUAUUAAAGAUAUUUUAUCUCUUCAAUUGAAACUAAUUAAACACAUCUCAUUAAAUAUUUUGAACUUCCAAAUAGAAACAACUGAAAAUUUUUCUUAUCUAAUGAAAGGAUUGGCCUGUUGCUUUCAUUUAGUAUAUUCCUCUAGUAUUGGGAUUUUAUCUUCUAUCAGGCAAUUACUAACUACUUUUGGUUGCGAACUAUGUCAAUUAUUCGUUAAAACUGAAAAAGUAAUGAAUAAUAAAAGAAAGGAGAAUACUCUAGAAAGUACUUUCAGUUGCAUUAAUAUGAAAUUUUUAACAGCUCUUGCUGAAAUUUCAAAUAUUUUGGUAAUGGAGAAUAUGAAAUAUUCUAUAUGUACUAUAUUUUUUUUGUUGAACUCACUCUUUCAAUUUAAACUUUCCAUGGUUCAGUAUUUCUUUAAUUUCUGUGAUAUUUAUGGGUUUGCUCAGCUAUUUAUUUUCUCAUAUCACCCAAAUGAAUUAUUGAGUGACUGCAUUUCGACACUAGUAUCAAGUCUACAAAAUGAAGAAUAUAAUCACAAUGAGGAGCUACAAAAAAAUAUUUUGAAAAUAUGCAAGGACUAUCUAGUUCCUUAUACAAUUUCUAAUUCUAAUAACUUAUCCUCUUUUAAUAGCAUCGUAUUUUCAGAUCCAUAUACAAUUUGCAUCAUUUAUACCUUGUAUAAUAUAUUAUAUUUAGAAAAUACUUUAAGUCAAGGUAAUAUAAAGUGGUGGGUGUCAUUAUUUUAUGAGAACUUCAAAUUUUUUUGGGAAAUAAAUUCACUAUUGGUAUCAGUGGAAAAUUUAAUAAACAAAGUAUCUAUUAAUGGAAAAUUUACUGGAUCUCAACUAAUUGUUAGAUUUAAUAGGAUUCUGACAAUUUUAACAGUUAGAUAUUUUCAGUAUUCUCCUGAACCUGAAUUACUCCAAAUAUAUGAAAUUCUUACUUUAACUCAUCUAAAAGUAUUUCCUAAUGAUAAUAUACUAAUUUUAUUACAUGAUAUGCUACAAAGAUUAUCAAAUCCUCAAGAUUCUCUAAAUAAAAAACAAGAUAAUGAAAAUACAUAUAAAUUUAUUCAAACAAUCUUUAUAUUCUUGCUAAAAUCUGAAUUUUCAUUUAUUAGUCUAAAUUCAAUUGGGACUAAAGAGAAGUCAGAGAAUAAUAAAUUACAAAAUAUUGAUUAUAUAAAUAUUACUAUUAAUAAAGCUACAAUAAUAAUUGUUCAAAUAAAUUGUCUCGAUAAACUUAUCUUGAAUUUGAAUAAUUUUAUAGUUAAAUAUAUAAAAGCAAGUUUGGAAAAUUCAUGUCUGAAGAUGAUAUCUUUAAAUGGGUUUUGGGUUAGAACUCAAAGCUCUGCCAUUUACUCAGCAGAAAGUAUUGCAAGCAUCCUUAAAUCUCUUAAUAUUUCACUAUCCACUUAUAUAAGUAGUGAUUCAUUCAAUAAUAUUGUCGAUAUUACACUUUUAGGAUUAUCCCCAAUGAUCAAUAGUAAGAAAUUCAAAUGUAGGGAGACUAUACAGUUAUAUGAAAAUUUCCUCCUAAAGUAUAUCCAGAUGGAGUUUAAAAUACAUGAGGAUACAGGAGCAAUGAUACAAUCAAAGUUAUUUGCAAAGAAGGUGAAACUUUUAAUAGAAUAUAUUGAAAAUAAUUUGGACUUAUCAGAAUCAUUUGUCAAAACUACUGCAGCCUAUAGCUUUAUUUUUCAGUUUUGGGAGACAAAUUUACAUCUGAAAAUCUAUAACUUAAGUGUAUUUGAAUCUCCGAAAAUUGAAGAACCAAAGCCAUACUCAUCUUGGCAAAGUCUUUGGACUGAAAUUUGUGGAUCAAAUAUUCUAGGAAUAAACAUGUAUAUGGAUGCAAUCUGUGAAAAUAUAAAGUGGAUUAUUAAAAAAUAUCGCACUGUAAAGAAUAUCCGAACAAUUAUGUCUCAAAUUAUAACAUUUUUGUGCUUUGCAGUUAUAAAUAAUAAUCCAUCAUUUACUUGUGAUCUAUCGAGAAUUCUUCCAACAAUAAAAGUAGUUAAAAAUAGUUUCAUAACUACCUUUAAUAAUCAAACUAAGAUCUUUGAAAUAAUUAGAAUAUUUGUCGAACUUUUAAUUGAACCUUCUGUAUCAAAUGAUGGAAUAUCUUGGGAAAUUGUGGCUCUAUCUAGCAUAAAAAUAAUGUUGCUAUGUACAACUUCAGAAUCUCAGAUUAACGAUGAUAUUGAGUCAUUACUAAAUCAAAAACUACUUUGUAUGGGAAAAUUUGACUUUACAGAAAGAGAUAUUGCAGUUAUUUUCACUUUCUCAGUACAUACACUAGUGAAUAUAUUUGUAAUUAUUCAUAAUUCAUUUAUAUUAAAAAUCUUAAAUACAGUAUAUGAAUUUUCUUUAAAACAUAUUUCGAAUUCUAAUCAUACAAAACAUUUAGUCUCUUCAAUAUUAUGUCUUCAAUUUAUCUCGACUUGGCCAGUAGAUCCCUUAGAUGAAACUUAUUUAGGACACUUUAGUCAUUUUGAUAACAAAUUAAAUCUGGGAAAUGGCUAUAACGAGUUUUUUAAUAUUAUUCUUAAUAUAUUUGAGCUUAUUGCAUAUCCCAAAACUAAGAUCACAGCACUUGUACAGCAAGAUAAUUUGAAUCUAUUUAUAUGUCAUAUUAUUGGUUCUCAACUAACUAAAUAUAGAGCUAAACUGCUACAAGAUAUGGAUAAGAUUUCUUGGAAACGCUUGAUAGAGCUUCUUCUUGUUACAGCUUUCAACAAAAAACUACCAUUAGCAUCCAAUAAUGCUGUAGAAAUCAUUACUGAAAUUGGAAUAAUUAUUCAAAUCACUGAACAAAAAGAGUAUCUUAGGUAUCUUCACUUAGUUGAUGCUUUGACUUUGCUUUCACCAGAAUUUUUAGAUCAGUUUAGCUUUAAAACAGACUUAAGUACUAUCGUCAAUUCUGAAAAUAUAUGGGAUCAAAUAUAUCACUUAAUUAAUUGCAAAACGCUAGUAAAUCACAUAAGUGUACAUAAAUUAAAUGAAUUACGAACAGUUGUAUUUAAUAUCAAUUGUAAUUUUAAAAAAUCUAAAAUUCGAAAUGAAAAGUGCAUAGCAAGUGGUUAA